AUGGCAGGAGCCGGAAUUUCAACAGCGAGUGGAAUACCAGAUUUCCGAUCACCAAAGACUGGCUUGUAUGCAAACCUAAAAAAGUACAAUUUACCUUAUCCUGAAGCGAUCUUUGAUAUAGAUUAUUUUCAAGAUAAACCUCAACCGUUUUAUACCCUUUCAAAAGAAAUGUGGCCAAGUCAUUUCAAACCUACGUUAACGCACUCUUUCUUUAAGUUGUUGGACGACAAGAAGAAACUACUGAGAGUGUUCACCCAGAAUAUCGAUACAUUGGAACGAUUGGCUGGCCUUUCGGAAGAUCGGAUCGUAGAAGCACAUGGAUCGUUUGCACAAUCGAGAUGUAUUAGAUGCAAAAAAGAAGUAGAACAAGAUUGGAUACGGGACAAAGUCAUGGCAGGUGAAGUAGCAUACUGUCCACAUUCAUCCUGUCAAAGACUUCAAACGAAAAGUUCAAAUCGGAACGCAUGUCUCGUUAAACCGGAUAUCGUCUUUUUCGGCGAAGGACUACCGGAUAAAUUCUUUCAGUCUCUAAACGAUCUGAAAAAGGCAGACUUGCUCAUCGUUGUUGGUACGAGUCUACAAGUUCACCCUUUCGCUUCACUCGUCAAUCAUGUCAAGCCAAAUUGCCCGAGAGUUCUGCUCAAUUUAGAGCGGGUAGGCGAAAUUGCCUCUUACGGCCAAAAGGGUUCCGGUAUGCGUGGACUGAUGAACGAAGACGGAUUCGAUUUUGAAGGAUGGACAUUACCUAGCAGUAAAGGCAAGGAGCACAUCAGAGAUGUAUUUUGGGAAGGUAAAUGUGACGAGGGUGUACUUCAACUGGCCAAGGAACUAGGUUGGGAAGAUGAACUGCGUGAUUUGCACAAGAAGACCUGCAAUCAGCUUGAUCUUGAUAAUGGCACGAUAUCGGAACAGAAUGAUAAAACACUCAAAAAAGCAGAAGCGGAAGCCGAUAAAGUUGCAAAUGAACUUACUGAACAAAUUGCUAAAUUGGACGUAUCGCAAUCAAAGGAAGAAGAACAGUCUGAAAUAAAACAAACUUCACAAAUUCCAGCCGAAUCGAAAGGGAAAAACGGACCGUCUUCACUUUAA